UAUAUUGCUUAAAUGAGAACGAUAACAAUUACGUUGUCCCUACGGAAUUUCGGCACGUCGGUGACUAAAUGAGACAUGAGACAAUCAAUAGGCAUUUAAAAAAUUUUCUGUGUUGGUUUUUAUAUCUGGUGUGAAAUAUUUAUUAAAAUUACCUGUUAUGAAUAAAGAAGUUCAUUACGAAGGUUGGUUGAUAAAAUCGCCACCCUCUAAGAGAAUAUGGAGAUCGUGUUGGCGCCGUCGCUGGUUUACACUUAAGCAAGGAGAAAUACCUGAACAGUUUUGCCUUGAAUACUACACUGAUCGUAAUUGUCGAAAACUGAAAGGUAUUAUUGAUUUAGAUCAAUGUGAGCAGGUUGAUUGUGGUCUCCGGUUGGAAAACAGGAAACAAAAAUUUCAGUAUAUGUUUGAUAUUAAAACGCCGAAACGGACCUAUUAUUUAGCUGCUGAUUCUGCAGAAGACAUGCGUGAUUGGGUUAAUUGUAUUUGUCAAGUAUGCCACUUACACGAUACCAACCAUUCAUUGGAAUAUAAUGUUAAAUGGCGUUCCACAAACAAUAAAAAUGCAAUUCCUGUGGAAGUGCCGAUUAAUACAUUAUCAAGGAAAGAUAAUCAAAACAGAGAAAUAAAUCAAGAGAAACCAGGUGUUUUAAUGCCGUCACCGAUAUAUUAUAACAACGUUUCUAAAAGUAGGGAGUCCACUUAUGCUAACUCGGAACAUAGCAGCAGCGUUUUGCAAAAUAAUCUAAGUUCGGCUUCAAAUAACGAUCGAGAAACCACGAAUACAAUCAGUCAAACUACUGCCGUUUCGAACAAUGAAAGUAAUAUUUAUCUUAACACAUCUACAACAUCUAAUCAAAAUCAUGAAAGAAAUGGUGCAACUCGAAAAGUUCCAGAAAAUUUAAAACUGCAGAACUCACCUUUAUUAGAAACAUUGUCACUUAGUGUACAAUCAUCCCCUUCAUUAAGCACCUGCUCUGGCCCAUACAUUCCAAUUAGCGAAUGCUUCUCUGGCACACCAAAACAUCUUGAAAAUCCAAUUACUCCAUUAAAUAAUCUUGAUCCAAAAUUUUAUGACACUCCACGCAGUCACAACAAUAUAGGCUUGAAUCUCACCAAUGACCAAUCGUAUUCACCAAAAAUUACGAACUAUAAUGCAAAGCACGUACCGGCUCCCACGAAUUGCGCAACAGUUAACCGUUCGGAUUCGGAUUCCGAAAGCGUUUUUACGGAUGAUGAUGAUUGGACAUACCCUAUGCCUUUGCGUGAAAAUGUUGACCGAAAUACAAGGCCUUCCGACAGCUCCGUUGAAAAUGAAUCCUUUGUUUUAACGUACUCGCAACGUUUUUCUAAAUUACCUGAUGAUGUUAAUGAUAAAUCAAAUGUUUUCAAAUAUGAUGUGGACGCUGAAAAAAAGAAUCAACCGAUCGAAAUGAUCAAAAAGUAUAAAAAUAAACAAAAUUUAUCCCUAGAUAUUAAAAAGAAUGAAAGAACUUUAAAAGAAAUAUUACAAUUAUCCGAUACGGAAAAUACUUCGCCAGCUAUGGGGCCACUGGAUGCCAAUUCAAUAGUAGACGAAAGUUAUGAUAUACCACGAUCUCAUCAGUUGCCAUAUCAUAAUAUAGAUCAAAUAUUUAACGAAAAGAUAUGGACCCCGGAAACUGAAGAGUCUUCAAAUUAUGCAUUGGCUACAACAGAACAUCCGAAAUCAAAUACUCAAAAGAAAUUACAAGAACAUUUCUAUACAAACGCGGCGCCUAACAAACUUGAAGGAAAUGUUUUUCGUUAUGAUUUUAUACAACACACCGAAUUGCCGCCGGUAAACCGCAAACUGAAACCAAAACUUAGUAUUAACAAUAAACUACCUGAGGGCGACUCCGAAAAUCAAUGUGUGCCAGAGAAACCUGUAAAGAAGGGAUUUAUUGAAUCUUCAACUCCACCUUCAGUGGAUAGAAAUCUAAAACCGAAUGUAUAUAAGGCAGUCAAUUCAUCAUUAUUGGAACAUGGAAUGCGACGUUCCGUGGAUAUAUCUUCUUCAAUAGAAGUAAUGCCAGAAAUAGAUGAAUGUAUAUUAGAAACUCGCACAUUACCAAGGAAAAUUAGUUCACUUUUGGAUAGAAGUAAUAAUGGCGGGACUGCAGAUAUUUCAGUUUUACAUCAGCGGUCAAAAUCUGCAGCAAAUUCAAUGUAUCAAGAGUCUGUUGAAUGUAAUCCCCUACAAAAAAACACAAAAAAUGAACAUCGACUACAGUAUUUUGAUUUAGAUGUAACGAAUCCACCAACUAUAAAUCGUCAGAGUAUAAGCACAAGCAAUUUAACCAAGGAGGAAUCCAGCAAUGUCGAUUUAUUACCGAAAAGUUCUUUGAAAAGCGGUGUAGUUUAUAAUUCAGUAGAUUUUGUGAAAACUGAAGCAUUUAAGCGUAUCCGCGAGGAACGUAAAAAAGAAAGUGAAGGUGUAAGUUCUAAAUAAUUUGUUCUCUACUAUUUGCAUGUAGAAUAUAAUGAUAUAGUUUUGUACAGUCAGCAAAAUAAUUGAUUUGUAUGUGUUAACGCGUGUGUUUAAAAAAUAUACAUUUAUUUAUUAUUAUUUUGCAUUUUUAAAUCCCAGACAUUUCUGCGAAAUUUUUCAAUUAAUUUUUUGUUAAACUGCUAGAAAAUAUAGUCUUUGCUAAAUAUGGUAUAUCAUACUUUGUGCAAUUAGUCAUAGUACCCAAAUGUUUAUAUAAUAAAUGAACGCAUAUACUAUACUUUUUUAUUUAA